AUGGCGCUGUCCCGACAUCGUGGCUGUUAUGUCGGAAUAUCGGUCACCCUCUUUGCCGCCACUGCCGCGCUGGCGCUCCGGCUAUACGCCCGUCAGCUAACUCGAGUCCGUCUUGGGAUCGAUGACUACCUCUGCAUUGUCGCCUAUGUCUUUGCAGCAGUCUGUUCCGGCAUCAUGUUCAGCUGGACAAACUACGGCCUGGGGAAGUUACUGGCUGACGUCCCGCGCCCGCAAGCUGUCAUCUUCCGUGACAACACGCUGUACCUAUACAUCCUCGAGUUCACAUACGCCUACUCGCUCGGCUUCUCCAAGCUCUCCAUUCUUGCGCUGUACUGGAGAUUCUUCAGCCUGUUCAGGAUCCGUGUGCCCAUCAUCACACUCUUUGUCGCCACGGUCAUCUGGCUGCUCUGCCGGACCUUCCUGGGCCUUUUUCACUGCUAUCCCAUCCAGGCAUUCUGGGAGGGAAUGGCCAAAUAUCCCAACGCUGUUUGCCCGAUUGAUGACGCCAAAUUCGAAUUCGGGACGGUCGUUGUCCACGCCUUCUUGGACGUCACCAUUUUCAGCCUGCCAAUCUUCCAAAUACAACAACUGACCUUCAGAACCACCGGCGAGAAAUUAGCAGUCCUGGCUAUCUUUGCAUCCGGGGCCUUCGUCUGCAUCGUCUCCAUUGUAAAUCUGACCCAAUUGUACGCGUUCUUGCACACAGAUGCUUCGAUAGAGGUCCUGUACAACACCGCCCCUCCAGCACUUUGGGGCCAGAUCGAGAUCAACAUGGCCAUCGUCGCAAUCAGUCUGCCCCUUGUCAGACCUGUUCUACAGAAGGUCUAUCGCGGGCUGGUUCCCCCAAGUGCUAACCAGGACCGUCGAGAAUCUGCAUCUGAAAGCUAUCCCGGGUGGGUCCAUAUGGAAUGGCUCCGGAAGCUAACCUCCAUAUCAUCAUCGGGUGCCAGGACUGGGAGGACCGCGACGACCGCAACGACCAGGGUGACAGGAGGCACCAGGCACGAUGCUGCGAACGAUGAAGUGGAACUAACGAGGCACCAAGGUCUGGACUCGUUUGCGGACGCGGUGACUCGGACGCAUACUUAUGCAACUGGCGAACACGUACACUGGGAGCCAUCUAUUUCAGAUGCCAGGAAUGACCUGAGAGCCCCAUGGUAUCUGCCUCCGGUGAGCCCACUCUCUGGCUUCGAAUCCAUCCUGGAGAUCGUAAGCCCUAAAGAGGCUGGGAAUUUCAAUGGGAGCAGAUCUGGAAGUCCUGUGUGA